AUGUUGGACACGGACAGCGUUGCUGACGAGAUCUUGCGCCAUGCUCGUGCUCGCCUGACCCAUGUCGACACCACCAAGAACGUCAAGGUCAAGGCGGUCAAGCAGCAGGCGAAGAAAAGUGCGGUGGCAGUGGCGCACACGUCCGCUAGCUCGCUGGAGAAGCAGAUCGCCGAGCACAAGAUCAAGACAAGGGACCUCGUGAGGGCGGUGGAGGAGCGCGAGAAGGAAGAGGAGAAAGCGAUGGGGAAAGAGCUCCAAGACCAGACCGAUGACUUGAUCGUCGCGAGCAUCAAGAAGCAGCAGGCGAAGCGAGGAGGCAGCACCGAAGACUACGUCCUUCAGAACGCUCUGAGCCCGGUGGAGAAGAAGGAGCUGGCGAGGAAGAAGCUGCUGGCCAAGAAGAAAUCCGAGGCCUCCGCGAUCUCGUUGAGCAAGGGGGCAGCGGGGGAGAAGCAGGCGAAGGUGGUGAAGGGGGCGAACGAGGGGAAGGGAAUGGCUACCCAGCAGCUCAUGGAGACACCCGCGACGAGCAAGGAAGACACGCAGAGCAUGCUCUCGUCGUAUGACAAGCAGAUCCUUCAGGAAGGACCCGAUGGACUUGAAGCAGCUGCUGAUCAAGAGCAGGAGAAGGCCCUUGCCCAGCCCGCUCCCCAGCAGCAGUUCGCUUCCUCUGCUCCUUCGGGUCUACAGGCUGGGUUUCCUCCUCCACAGCAGCAGGAAGCAGUGCAAGCCUCCCUGCAGUAUCAGGCGUACCCGGCCCGUCCCAUGUAUCCUCCUGUACCGCAGCUUGCCUACAACCAGCAACCAGCCCCUUACGGCAUGCAGCAGUAUCCCCAGCAGCAGAUAAUGUACGCUCCUCAGCAGCCGGCGUUUCCUCCUCAGCAGCCCAUGUACGCUGCUCAAGGGCAACAGAUGUACGCGCCUCAAGAGAUGAUGUACUCCCCUCCUCAACAGCCCAUGUACGCGCCUCAACAGCCUUACGCUGUCGAGCAGCAGCAGCAGCAGCAGCAGCAGCAGCAGCAGAUGUUGUAUCCGCAGCAGCAGCAGCAGAUGUUGUAUCCUCAGCAGCAGCAGCAGAUGUUGUAUCCUCGGCAGCAGGACAUCAGCCCUCAACCGAUGUACCAGUAUGCAUCUCAAUCACCAUACGCUCAGAUGCCGGCUCCUCCUCAGCCUUCCCUACCCAUGAGAGCUGGACCAUCACCCACAGCGGUGAAGGCAGCGACAGCGCAGAUGCAGGCGGGUUCCGUUCCCCAGCCCUUGUCUGCUUCUGAAGGUCUUGCUAGCGCUACCACAAAGUUGCAGAUGGCGGGCAACAACGCAGGAGGAGGAGGAGGAGGAGGAGGAGAUCUUCUGUGGAAGAUGUUUUCAGCACCUUCAUCCUCCUACAGCGGGCACGGUGGGCAUAAGAACGGAGAGGAUGCGACGACACUUUCUGAGAGCUCCACGGGAGCCUCGGACCUGGGAUCGCUGUCCUCCUCAGCAGCUCAAGACCCACUGGCUGCGCCUGAGGAUGCAGGAGCGGCUGCUUCCAUCGGCAUGUCGGCGCAGGCCAAGGCAGCGAUCAAGGCGAGGAUGGACGCUCUGCGAGAGGGGAUCAUGCAAGACUUCAAGGCGACCACAAGGAUGGGGAAGGAGGCUGGAUAUCUCCCUCCUCCUCCCGUCCCUUGA